AUUCAUUCAUGCUACAUCGUCUCGUGCUCGCCAUUCGUUGUGUCACGGCGCACAUCUUUCCAUUGGAUCGAGCAAAGAAGCGAUCCCCAAAGGCGUCAAUCACCGAAAAUGUCCGACCCAGCUUCGUCUUCCUUCCGUGGUGGGCGCAGCAACGCGCCGCCGUCACAAUCAACGCCUCCAGCUCGUAAUGCGAGGGCUUCGGGAACCCGCUCCUCACCGCGCAACAGCCGCAAUUCCCAGGCUUCAGCAACAGCUGCGGCAACGAAAGCACUAAGGUCCACGCCUGAUGCUUCAAGAGCUGCUUCCCCAGGAACGGCAUUCGGAGCUCUCUCUGCAUCCAAAGAGGCCCGCGAGAAUGCCGAGCGGAUGCACCUCAACGCAUUGCUGACGGAGCUCAAUGGGCAAAUCGACGCAUUAAGGUCGCAACUCGAGAAUGCUCGGCAGCAGAAUGCCUCCAGAGCAUCAGAGAAAGAGAAACAAAUGCAGCAGAUCGCAGGACUGUCGAGUGCAGAGCUCGUCAUGGACGACGAAAUCGAUGCUUUACUCAAAGGGAUGGAUGAUGACGCAUUAACCGCUUUACUGGUAUCGUCGCCAUCUGCGCUUAUGCAGAAGCUGAUCGGCAGUAACGAGUCCGCUGCGACCGUUUCGCUUGCAGCAUCCGCCGCAACUGCAUCUACAGAGACUCAAGCGUUCGUGUCCGUCCCUGCGCCGGCUCUUUCUGCCGGUAUCGAGGGCAGUGGUGCAGGGUAUGACAUCGAUACGCGUCUCGUGGCGGGCGAUCGAGCGGCGCGCGCUCCAGCUUCAAAACGUCGCCGAACCGAUGGGGGAGUGACACAAGACAGCCCCACAAAUGAUGCAUGGGUAGAGAAAGAGCACGAUUUGGAAUCAUACGAACUUGACAAAUACCAGUGGAUGGAGGACUGGCUCAAUGCUCGCAAACGAAGAGGGCAAGAUCUGUUGGAGAAUUUGCAGGCCUUUACAGGCUGGAGGAUCCAGAGUUUGAUGCAGAAGAAAAUAACAAGUGCAGACCGGAUGAAGAGCACGAGGGCUUUCGAUGUCGCAGGCUGGCUGCAUACCAUUGGUGCAAUACGGGUGAAGCUCACAGUGAAGGAGGAGCGGGCAAGCGGCCCGCCGAAGGUAUCCGAGCUGACGGUGGAGCUGCCCAAGGGAGUCAUAUCCGCGUUGAACCAGGAGUCCCAUCUGGACAGGCUGCUGCGACGCUGCGACGCGCCAGCCGUCUUCAAUACGCUGCGAAGUCUUAGUUCAGCCGCUCGUGCUCGACGAAAACUGUUCCAAGCUGUUGCAACCCAGCUACGCCCUCUGUGCGGUACGAAAGCUUAUGCAGUCAAUGCAGAAGCUAUGUUUCUUGCGUCUCGAUGGAACCAUCGGAGGCACAAAUCUGGUAGAAGCAACCAUAACCGGCUCGCAACUGACUUGAAUAUGGAGGAACACGACUUGUCGGAUCAGGAAGCUGCUCAGGUCGUGUACGAUCCUGAGCAGGCAGAAACACUGAUCUUGAGCAACGACAACAAUGCGCAACUGCAUCUUCGAUACCGCAUCGCUUUCGACGCGUUUGGGCGCGGUCUUCCCGAUGUGUCUCUCACUGCCAAGUUACCCGACUCGACAGCCCUUUCACCCGAGGCGGAUGAGAUCUUGAGAGCUAUACCCACUCAGUUCAGAAGAAUGGUUGACCACCGGCCGGGUCUGGAAGGAGAGACGGAGGCUCAAGCAAUAGAGAGUAUCGUGCUGAGCAUUGCAGCUUGCUUUUUCGGUGUCACGCUAUAA